GUUCGGGUCGUUGGUAAUCAGGUGAAGAAGAAGAAGUCUCCUCAGAUCGGGAUCAGGUUUGUGGAUUUGGAGAGAGAGAGAGAUGGCGUCGGGGUGGGGAAUAACGGGAAACAAGGGGAGAUGUUACGAUUUCUGGAUGGAUUUCAGCGAGUGUAUGUCUCACUGCAGAGAGCCCAAGGAUUGCUCUCUUCUUCGUGAAGACUACCUCGAGUGUCUCCACCAUUCCAAAGAGUUCCAACGAAGAAACAGGAUUUACAAAGAGGAACAGCGUAAACUAAGAGCUGCUUCAAGGAAAGGUGAAGAAACUGGCGAUGCUACCCAUACUCAUCACUGAUCAAAGUUUUUUUCUCCUUCUACUCCUCCAAGUUUGCAUCUCUCGCAGCUGAGAAGAAGAAGAAUAAGGAAGAUUCUAUAUGUUGUGUGUCAAACUCCAUUUUGAGUUUUUUUUCAGUUUGCUUUUGCCUUCUCUAUUUUUUUACCUUUGGACUGAGUUGUAAUAUGGGCUUUUAGCCUUCACUCACAAAAACAACUUCUUUCUUUGCAAUAAUUUAAAACAGACUAGUGGAUGGAAUAAUGAAAUGGUCCAUUGACUUUCU